AUGCUUAUCCUAUGGGAUGAUGGCAGCGACAGUGCAGCGUAUGAUGAUGCGUGUUGGGCGAAAGUUUUCAACGCCCGCCGACCCAAGCACAGACGUCCGCGAGCUGUGACGAAAGCACGAUCCAAAGGGGAUGUCCUUACCGCAGUAAGACUUGCGAUUCAUCUCAAUCUUCGGGUUGCCGUGAGGUCCGGAGGGCAUUCAUUUGAGACCUGGAGCAUCCAAGAAAAUUCCAUUCUGGUGGACCUGUGCGAAUACAAGCAGGUGAAUGUCGAUCCUGUCGGGAGAAUCGUGACCGCUACACCCAGCGUCACUAGUAGGGAGAUCAACGACGUCUUGGCAUGUGAGGACCUAUUCUUCCCAGGAGGACACUGCCCAGACGUUGGAUUGGGUGGAUUCUUGCUACAAGGGGGUAUGGGGUGGAACUGUGCGCGGGGAGACCUCCAGAGAAAGUUUCUUACACUGUCGCAGAAUUGGGGCUGGGGAUGCGAGUUCCUUCAGGGGGUCGACGUGGUCACGGCACAGGGUACGCUGAUCUAUUGUGAUACCUCGCAAAACUCCGAUCUCUUCUGGGCUGCCCGUGGGGGAGGCCCGGCAUUCCCUGGCAUAGUCACCCGGUUCCAUCUACGUGUUAUGCCCUGUCCGCAGGUCAUUCGCUCAUCCUGCUACGUCUUCCCGCAGACACUUUACCAAACUGCAUUCCGUUGGGCCAUAGCACUUGUGGAUGAUCUGGACACCGACACAGAGCUCACAGCAAAGGCGUACUACCAACAGUCGGAGCCUUGCUUCUCCAUCAUUUUCACUACGUUUAAACACAAUAUUCACGACGCGAUGCGAGCGCUACAGCCAAUACAAGACUCAAGACCUGCAGGAACCUUAUGGGAAGGGUUCUGUACACCCGAGAGUAUGUCGAGUCUGUACGCAGUGCAAGCAAGUGCAAACCCCAAGGACCACCGCUACACAGUAGACAGCGGCUUCCUUGUCGACGACUCAGAUAUAGACAUUGUUUCAGUUCUUGCAGGAACUUUCCUCACGCUCCCGCAUGAAAAGUCUCAUGCAUUUUGGACACCCAUGCGCCCAUGGAGCAGACGCAAAAUUCCGGAAAUGGCAUUAAGCCUACAGGCCGAUUACUACUUUGCCGUGUAUACAAUAUGGGAGGAUGAGAGUGAUGACGAGCGGUGCCAGGGAUGGCUGCGAUGGGUCAUGAAGAAUGCUGCGAGAAGUUGUGUUGGAGCGUACGUUGGAGAUUCCGAGUUCUCCAAUCGUCGUACUCGGUAUUGGAGCAGACCAAGUACGGAAAGACUGAUGGAGAUUCGGGGAAAAUGGGAUCCCCAAGGCCGGAUCGCGGGUGGAUACCCUGACACACUCAUUCAUUCUCAUUGUCGUUGCUGUACAAUGGUGGGGGAAGAUCCCGAUAUAAUGGAGAAUUGCAAUAAAUAA